GCGAUGGGCUGGGGCGACUUUGGGCUGGAUGGUCGACUGCUCAAGGCCAUUGGUCGUUUGGGCUGGGGGAAACCUACCCUUAUUCAGCAACAUGCGAUCCGCGAGCUGAUGAAUGGUCGCGAUGUGCUGGCGCGCGCUCGCACGGGCUCGGGCAAGACUGGGGCCUAUACCGUGCCUCUGCUCAACGUCCUGCUUUCGGCCACGGAUGAGGAACAGGGUGUUCUUGGCAUUGUUUUGGUCCCGACCAAAGAGUUGGCUUUCCAAGUAACAGAAAAUAUCAAGGAACUGGCCAAAUUCUGCCUUGAUGUCAUCAACGUCGGCGUCCUCGCCACCAAUCAGUCCAAGAAGCAACUCAAGAGCCUGGCGGCCUCAAAGCCGCCAAUCUUGGUUGGCACGCCCACGCGGAUACUGCAACACAUUCAAAAUGAGGCCAAAGAAGUGCGCCAAACACUCAAGCUCAUGAUCCUCGACGAGGCCGACCUGCUCUUUUCUUAUGGCUAUCAUGAAGAUCUCCGCAGGCUGUGCGCACUUCUGCCUCGCUUGCGGCAAACCAUCCUCAUGAGCGCCACCAUGGGCGACGAUGUCAAUGCCCUCAAGGAACUAGCCCUGCGCAACCCAGCUGUCAUCAAGUUGGAGGAGAGCGAUCUUCCCGACGAGGAUCAGCUCAAGCAGUACAAGCUCUACUGCGAGCCAUCAGAGCGCCUCCUUCACCUUUGCGCGCUCCUCAAGUUUCAGCUUGUGCGUGGCAAGACGCUCAUCUUUGUGAAUGAUAUUGACAGCUGCUACCGUGUGAAGCUCUUCCUGGACAAAUUUGGCAUUCGGUGCUGUGUUCUCAACUCUGAGCUGCCCUUGAACUCGCGACGCCACAUCGUGUCACAGUUCAACAAGGGAGUUUACGACUACAUUAUUGCCUCGGACGAAGGUGCCACGGGUAAGAGUCUAUGGGGCGGGAUAUGCAAGCGAGGCAAGGGUCGUGCAGAGCCAAGUGCUGACCAGGAGUAUGGUGUCGCGCGUGGUGUUGACUUUAAGGGCAUCAAGAACGUGAUUAAUUUUGACUUUCCAGCCACGGCGGCAGCCUAUGUGCAUCGUGUCGGCCGGACGGCGCGUGGUCAUCGGGCCGGUCUGGCUUUGUCCUUUUACCUUCAUGCCGAUAACGAGCGAGUGGCCCAGGUUGAGCGCUUGUUGGAGGUGGCCGAGGCGCAGGAGCAGGAAGAGGCUGAGACGGCCAAGCCUAACAGCGAGGCCAGUGCGCAUCGCUUGGUGGCGUACAGCAUUGACAAGCGCGUCCUGGACAAAAUCCGCUAUCGUGUGGAGGAUGUGCUCUCGAUGGUCAGCCGCAAUGCCAUCAAGAAGGCUCGCCGGGCCGAGAUUGAGAACGAGAUUCUCAACUCGGAAAAGCUGCAGGCUCAUUUUGAAGAUAAUCCCAAGGAUUUGGAGGUCUUGCGGCACGACCGCAACCUGCAACAGAGAGACCAGCAUAUGCAUCACUUGAAGCACUUGCCUGCGUACAUCAAGCAAGGUGUGAGCGUGCCUGCUAUUCAGAGCGGGGCAAACGACAAGAACGGCCGUGCCGGUGGGGCUAAUGGCAAGCGACGACCCAACAAGAACAACAAGAGCAGCAAGCGCCGCAAGGACGAUCCUCUCAAGGCUCUUUAGAUCUCCAAAGCAAGAGAGAGGGGUGUCCCUUGUUCUUUCGCAGAGAUUCUUGCUCUACUCCUUGAUGUCUCUGUCUUUUGCUUGUUUGUGACUUUGGCUGACUCUUUCCGGCCCUUCACGCGCGGUGCGCUUGGCCAGUGACAAUAGCAAAAAGAAAUAC